UUUAUCAACUCUACAAUGAAGCUCCAGCUGCAUGUUUAGAGUGUAGCAGUGAUCUGAGUGCACUAUACAGCCACAGUAUACCUCCACUGUAAUUAUUAUUAACAGUGUUUUUAUGAGUUCACCUGGACACAAAUCACACUUUAAGAGUUCACUCCACCCUGGGGAACUGGCUGACAUGCACCAGCUUUUGCCAGACAGCCUUCAUGAAAAACAAACUAUACUUUUUUAAAGAAAAUGCAGACUCGUUACAUUUACCUAUGUAGUUGUUAUAUAGCUAAAUGAACGAGCUACGCUUUAGACUUAUGAUAUUAACGUCCCUGUGCUACAGUCAUGAAACCACACUGAGAUCUGGUCAAACGUAAACCACACCCCCAACACAUAUAAAUCAUCAUUUGUUUUGCCCAUCAGACAGUUUCCUCCUCCUCUCUCACCUGGUACACAGCAGCAAUGCUUCAGUUUAUAACUUUGCCUUUGUCUUUCUUCAUGGCUGGUUUGCUCUCAGAGACUCUGUGCUCUUUAACUGUGGAGGUGGAAGCUGGAGAUAACACCACUGUUUGGUGCCAACAUGAGCUGAGUGUUACAGGUUCCAUCUUCUGGUAUAAACACACGUGUGGUUCAGUUCCACUUCUUCUUGGGUGUAAACAGUUUUUUGCGUCUCGUCCAUCAAAGAAUUGUGAGUUGUUUACUGAAAGUGAGCGAAUAGUGAUGUCUGUUCAUGAGAAGAACACGUCUCUCACCAUCACCGCAGUAAAUGUCUCUGAUACAGGACUGUAUUACUGCAGCUUCAUGAAACAGGUCAUGAUGGCCUUCAGCAACUCGACCUUUUUACAUGUGAAAGAUGGAAAUAAAACAAAUAAGAACUCAGAGAGAAUAAAAGGUUCAGUCUCUUCUCCUGUGUUCUUCGUGCUGACUGUGGUGUUCGGUGCAGUGACUGUGAUUCUUCUCAGUGUCCUGAUCUUCAUCAUACUGAAGCACAGAGAAACACACAGAGGGGAUCACGCUGAUAAACAUGAUGAUGAGGAGCAGGAGGCUGAUUCAGUGAAUUACGCUGCUCUACAGGUCUAUAAGAGGAAAAUCAGAAAGACAGGCAGACAUGGUGAAAUUCUGGAUACACAUGUUGUAUAUUUGGCUAUCAGAUAAUAAUCUAGUAAUGUUGUGGUAACAUGCUGACAUAAUAUCACAUAUAAUUUAUUGUUUAUUGUUUGUGAUGUUUUCUGCUUUUCAUCACAACAGAAAAUACACAGUAUGUAAGAAGAAUUACA